UCACAUUCGGGAUUGACAGUACCACAUGCGUUCCGUGAACACCCACAAGGCGGUAUAAAAUCACUUUUAAAAGGUGCGACUCUGUGUUUUGACAUAAAAAGACGCUGAAAGGUCGAACAGGAUGUAAGGUUGCUCAGCGCUCCACUCAUCCUGUCCUGUGGUUUGGGUGUGAGCGGGGAGCCCCGCCCACACUCGAAACAGGCCAAUCAGGAGGAUGUUUGAGGUGAAGCCCAUGGGUGUGGAGAAGAAGGAGAACGCAGUGGGAACAGACGAGGGCAGUAAGGUGUGUGGUGGUUCCAGUGGGGGCGUCAGCGGGAAUGACGAGGACUCGGUGUACCUGUAUGAGAGUCAGGACUGGGUCAUGUCUCCGGCCUGCUCUCCGGACGAACCCAACGCCAUCUCCCCAAUGCUGGCCGAGGAGACCUUCCGCUACAUGAUUCUCAGUGCAGAUCGGGUGGAGCAGAUGACCAAGACCUACAAUGACAUCGAUGUGGUCACACACCUACUGGCUGAGCGGGAUCGGGAUUUGGAGCUGGCGGCUCGGAUUGGUCAGUCUCUCCUCCAGAGGAACCAUGUGCUACAGGAACGCAAUGAGUCUGUGGAGGAGCAGCUGGCACAGGCUUUAGACCAGGUGCACCAGCUGCAGCAUGAGCUGGGGAAGAAGGACGAGUUGUUGCGGAUGGUGGCCAGCGCCAGCGAGGAGAGUGAGACCGACUCCAGCUGCUCCACGCCGCUACGCCACCCCCCACCAGCAGGGGCCGCUCUCGCCCUCAGCCAGCUGGAGGCUCUCCAGUGCAAGCUCCAGGAGCUGGAGGAAGAGAAUCUGGCCCUCAGGACAGAGGCAAGUCAUCUGAAGACAGAGACCAUCACGUACGAAGAGAAAGAGCAGCAGCUAGUCAGCGACUGUGUCAAAGAACUCCGUGAAUCAAACAGUCAGAUGGUGACUCUGACAGACGAGCUUUCGCGGAAGAACGAGGAUUUACUGAGACACCAGGAGGAGAUCGCUCAGCUCCUCUCUCAGAUAGUAGAACUCCAGCACCGAGUCAAAGAGCUGGCUUUGGAGAAAGAAGAGCUGAGAAUUCACCUGCAAGCCUCAAAAGAUGCUCAACGCCAGCUAACCGCUGAGCUGAAUGAAGUGACGGAGAGGAAUGCGGAGUGUAUGGCUAUGCUGCACGAGUCGCAGGAGGAGCUUAAAGAGCUGCGCAGCAAGCAAACGCCGUCUGCAGGCCUGCGCAGACACCUCUCCUACGGCUUCUUCCCCAUGGACUCCCUGGCGGCUGAGAUAGAGGGCACUAUGAGGAGAGAGUUAAGUGUAGAGGAGGAGAUGGCGUUUGAGGAUCAGAGGUCAACCCAUAAGCGGGUGUUCCAGACGGUGCGAGCGGUAAACGAGUGCGUAGGCCGGGCGGCAGCAGCGAUGGGGGGGCGACCGAUCCCUGGCUCAGGGAGCAGCGUGGUGAUGACAGCACAACCUUUCCACUCCAACGUCACCCCCCCGCAAACACACAACAGACAGGACAAGGACGCAUCACAGCACGCUGCCAAGGAGGAGUCCCAGCUCGGCCAGCCUGGCUCCCCGGGCGGUAACGACCUCGUCUCGGCCCUGCAUCGCCUCUCUCUCCGCCGGCAGAACUUCCUGUCCGAGCGCCAGUACUUCCAAGCGGAGAGAGACAGGAAGCUGCGGGAGCUGGCGGGGUCCCACUCAGAAGGGGGCGGGAGCGGCUGCAGCUCUCCGACGGGAAGCGCCGCGUCGUCGUUCACCAACCUAUCAGAACUCUCCGUCUCCUCCAGCUGUUUCAAAACCUUCCUCCCUGAAAAGCUGCAGAUUGUGAAACCAAUGGAAGGUUCACUGACGCUACAUCACUGGCAGCAGCUGGCCAAGCCGCACUUAGCCACCAUCCUCGACCCCCACCCGGGCGUGGUCACCAAGGGCUUCCGACCCCUCCCACAGGACGCCGUCUAUCACCUGACUGACUUGGAGGAGGAUGAGGAGCAGCAAAGAGGCCCCUGGGAGAGUGAGAGAAAGGGAGACGCAGCCUGGGAGGAGAAGAGGAAAGGAGAGGUAGAAGAGGAGGAGGAGGAAGAAGAGGAGGAGGAAGGAGGGAUCACGUUUCACGUGCAGUCUUCCUCCACGCCGGAGGAGAAGAAAGAGAAGAGGGUCGCCCUAACGCCGGCCAGCGUUCCACCUCUCCCCCCGUCGCUGAGGAGCUCUCCCGUUACCACGGUGACGUCAGGCUCCUCGGUAACGACCGUGUCCUCUGUGACCUCUACGCAGUCAAGGUCAACAGCCUCUGCCCUGUCCCAGCCUGGUCUGACUCUCAGCUCUACUGUGCCCUCUGCAGUUAUAAACCCUGGGAAAUGUCAGAGCUCCACUUUCUCCACUUACACUUUCACCACCUGCAAAAUCCUCCAUCCCAGUGACGUCACACAGGUCACCCCCAGCUAUGCCUGUAGCCCCUGUGUCUCUGAGUACACUCCCAGUUCCUUGCGGACUGGUCCUAGUACUCCGGUGACCCCCUGCAGGCUGAGUCUGGGCGAUUCCUUCUCCCCUCACCGCCCGGCCCCGCCCCCCGGCAGCCUGGCCAAGCUCCUGCUGGAGCGCGGCAUCUCCGCCCAGGUCUCCGCAGAUCCCGCCCCUCCCAAAAAGACCGCCCCUCUCAAAAAGCCCGCCCCUCUGCGACUGCUCCCCAGCACACCGCCGAACUCCCCCGCCCACUCCCCGUGCCCCUCCCCUCUGCCUUGCGAACCGCGGGCCGCCCCUUCCGACAACUUCCUGGCGUCCCGCCCCGCCGAGCUCUUCCUGCAGGACGUGUACGGGCUGAAGUUGGGACGCGCCCCCCGUCCGGACCUCCCCAGCCCCGACCCGGCCAACGCCGAGCAGCCGUUCAAACAGGACCGUCUCAACGUCAACCUGGUGGAGCGCCUACGCAGGCUGGGAUUCGCCAAGGUCCUGCAGGGGGCGGAGUCAGACGGCCUAAAGCGACAGGAGUCCUCCACCAUUCUGGCGACCGGCGGAGGAAGCCUAUUGGACGGCCUCCGGCGCAACCAGAGCCUCCCCGCCAUGAUUGGUGGACGUAACGCGUCCGCGUCCGGUCCGUCACACCCUGUCCCGCCCCCGCACCCCACGACCCUGGCUCUCCCCACCCCGCCCUGGGGAAACCUGAAGGAAUCUCGUCCCGCCCGUAGACACGCCUCCCUAUCUCAGGCCCCUCCCCCCCUGCCCAACUCAUGAGGUUGUGGGCUCAAUCCUAAACUGACAGUUAUGUGGGUGGGGCUAUGCUUGGGGGCAGGGUUAACACUGACAAAACAUAUUUAUCCCCAAAAGUGUGUAACACUCCCA